GGGGGCUUCUUUCUAGCCUCCCUUGUGAGAACCUGACCUAAGGCCCAUCCGCCACCCCCGGGCUGCAUCUCGCAGGGGGCCGCCUCGGGCCGGCGCCCUUGCCUGGGGCGGGCCAGGAAGCCUCGGUCCCCGCCCCGCUCCGUUAGGCCCGCGUAGCGGCCGGGGGACUUUGGAGCCGAGGAGGAAGCGCGGCGGGGCGGGGAGGUGAGGGUGUGUCGGAAGGCGGCGGCGGCUGUCGGGUUUUAUAACCCGCGGGGCGGGCGCGGCGCGGGAGAAGAGGCUGCACCGCGCACCGCGCCAUGGGGGCCGCGUCGGGCCGCCGGUGGCCGCGGCCGCCGCUUCUGUCGUUGCUGCUGCUGCUGCUGCCACCACCGUCGCCUGUGGUCCUGGCGCUCGACCCCGCGUUGCAGCCGGGGAACUUUUCCGCCGACGAGGCCGGUGCGCAGGUCUUCGCAAAGAGCUUCAAUUCGAGCGCCGAGCAGGUGCUGUUCCACAGCACGGCCGCCAGCUGGGCGCACGACACCAACAUCACCGAGGAAAACGCGCGGCGCCAGGAGGAGGCAGCCCUAAUCAGCCAGGAGUUUUCAGAGGUCUGGGGCCAGAAGGCCAAGGCUCUGUUCGACCCAAUCUGGCAGCACUUCACCGACCCCACGCUGCGACGCAUCAUCAGUGCCGUGCGCACCCUGGGCCCUGCCAACCUGCCCCUGGAGGAGCGGCAGCAGUACAACUCUCUGCUAAGCAACAUGUCCAGGAUUUACUCCACGGCCAAGGUCUGCUUCCCCAACAAGACUGCCACCUGCUGGUCCCUGGACCCAGAGCUCACCAACAUCCUGGCUGCGUCGCGAAGCUAUGCCCUGCUACUCUAUGCCUGGGAGGGCUGGCACAACGCUGUGGGCAUCCCGCUGAAACCCCUGUACCAGAAGUUCACUGCCCUCAGCAACGCGGCCUACAAGCAGGAUGGCUUCUCAGACACGGGGGCCUACUGGCGCUCCUGGUACGACUCCCCCACCUUCACGGAGGAUCUGGAGCACCUGUACCAUCAGUUAGAGCCCCUGUACCUGAACCUCCACGCCUACGUCCGCCGCGCACUGCACCGCCGAUACGGGGACAGAUUCAUCAACCUCAGGGGACCCAUCCCUGCUCACCUGCUGGGGGACAUGUGGGCCCAGAGCUGGGACAAAAUCUACGACAUGGUGGUGCCUUUCUCUGACAAGCCCAAUCUUGACGUUACCAGUACUAUGGUGCAGAAGGGAUGGAACGCUACACACAUGUUCCGGGUGGCAGAGGAGUUCUUCACCUCCCUAGGGCUCUUGCCCAUGCCUCCUGAGUUCUGGGCAGAGUCCAUGCUGGAGAAACCAAGCGACGGGCGUGAGGUGGUGUGCCACGCCUCCGCCUGGGAUUUCUACAACAGGAAAGACUUCAGGAUCAAGCAGUGCACGCAGGUCACUAUGGACCAGCUGUCCACGGUGCACCACGAGAUGGGCCACGUGCAGUACUACCUGCAGUACAAGGACCAACACGUCUCCCUGCGCCAAGGCGCCAACCCCGGCUUCCAUGAGGCCAUCGGGGAUGUGAUGGCACUCUCCGUCUCCACUCCUGCACAUCUGCACAAAAUUGGCCUGCUGGACCAUGUCACCAACGACAAGGAAAGCGACAUCAAUUACUUGUUAAAGAUGGCACUGGAAAAAAUUGCGUUCCUGCCCUUUGGCUACUUGGUGGACCAGUGGCGUUGGGGGGUCUUUAGUGGGCGUACCCCCCCUUCCCUCUACAACUAUGACUGGUGGUAUCUUCGAACCAAGUAUCAGGGGAUCUGUCCUCCAGUUGUCCGAAACGAAACCCACUUUGACGCUGGAGCCAAGUUUCAUGUCCCAAACGUGACACCAUACAUCAGGUACUUCGUGAGUUUUGUCCUGCAGUUCCAGCUCCAUCAAGCCCUGUGCAAGGAGGCGGGCCACCAGGGGCCGCUGCACCAGUGCGACAUCUACCAGUCCACCCAGGCGGGGGCCAAGCUCCGGGCACUGCUGCAGGCAGGCUCCUCACGGCCCUGGCAGGAGGUGCUGAAGGACAUGGUCGGCUCAGAUUCCCUGGACGCUCAGCCGCUGCUCAACUACUUCCAGCCGGUCACACAGUGGCUACAAGAGCAGAACCGGCAGAAUGGCGAGGUCCUGGGCUGGCCAGAAUAUCAGUGGCGCCCACCGAUGCCCGACAAUUACCCAGAGGGCAUUGACCUGGUGUCCGACGAGGCUGAGGCCAGCAGGUUUGUGGAGGAAUAUGACCGGAGAUCCCGGGUGGUGUGGAACGAGUAUGCCGAGGCCAGCUGGGAUUAUAAUACCAACAUCACCAAGGAGGGCAGCAAGAUACUGCUGGAGAAGAACGUACAGAUGGCAAACCACACUGUCAAGUACGGCACCUGGGCCAGGAAGUUUGACGUGACCAACUUCCAGAACGCCACCAUGAAGCGGAUGAUAAAGAAGAUUCAGGAUCUAGAGCGGGCGGCGCUGCCUGUCAGGGAGCUGGAGCAGUACAACCAGAUCCUGCUGGACAUGGAGACCACUUACAGCGUGGCCUCUGUGUGCCAUAGCAACGGCACUUGUCUGCAGCUCGAGCCUGAUCUGACACAUCUGAUGGCCACAUCCCGGAACUAUGAAGAACUGCUGUGGGCAUGGAAGGGCUGGCGAGACAAGGUGGGGAGACCCAUCCUCCCAUAUUUCCCCCAAUAUGUGGAGCUCAGCAACAAGGCUGCCAGGCUCAAUGGCUACAAGGACGGAGGGGACUCCUGGAGAUCUAUGUACGAGAUGCCAUUCCUGGAGUACGAGCUGGAGCACCUCUUCCAGGAGCUGCAGCCGCUCUACCUGAACCUGCACGCCUACGUGCGCCGGGCCCUGUAUCGCUUCUACGGGUCCGAGCUCAUCAACCUGGAGGGCCCCAUCCCAGCCCACCUGCUGGGGAACAUGUGGGCACAGAGCUGGUCCAACAUCUAUGACUUGGUAGUACCCUUCCCUUCAGCCCCCAGGAUGGAUGCCACAGAGGCCAUGAUAAAGCAGGGCUGGACACCCCAAAGGAUGUUUAAGGAAGCAGACAAUUUCUUCACCUCCCUGGGGCUGCUGCCCGUGCCCCCCGAGUUCUGGAGCAAGUCUAUGCUGGAGAAGCCGACCGAUGGGCGGGAGGUGGUGUGCCACGCCUCCGCCUGGGACUUCUUCAACGGCAAGGACUUCAGGAUCAAGCAGUGCACCACUGUGAACAUGGAGGACCUGGUGGUGGCCCACCACGAAAUGGGCCACAUACAGUAUUUCAUGCAGUACAAGGACUUGCCGGUGACCUUCCGGGAGGGUGCCAACCCUGGUUUUCACGAGGCCAUUGGGGAUGUGCUGGCCCUCUCAGUGUCUACCCCCAAGCACCUGCACAAGAUCAACCUGCUGAGCAGUGGGGACGGCAGCUAUGAGGAGGACAUCAACUUUCUGAUGAAGAUGGCGCUCGACAAGAUCGCCUUUGUUCCCUUCAGCUAUCUUGUGGACCAGUGGCGCUGGAGGGUGUUUGACGGAAGCAUCACCAAGGAGAACUACAACCAGGAGUGGUGGAGCCUCAGGCUGAAGUACCAGGGCCUCUGUCCCCCAGUAGCCAGGUCUCAAGGCGACUUUGACCCAGGGGCCAAGUUCCACAUUCCUUCAAGCGUGCCAUAUAUCAGGUAUUUCGUCAGCUUCGUCAUCCAGUUCCAGUUCCACGAGGCGCUGUGUCAGGCGGCGGGCCACAAGGGCCCCCUGCACAAGUGCGACAUCUACCAGUCCCAAGAGGCCGGGAAGCGCCUGGCCGACGCCAUGAAGCUGGGCUUCAGUCGGCCGUGGCCCGAAGCCAUGCGGCUCAUCACGGGCCAGCCCAAGAUGUCGGCCGCUGCCAUGAUGACCUACUUCAAGCCGCUGCUGGACUGGCUCGUGACCGAGAACACGCGGCACGGGGAGAAGCUGGGCUGGCCGCAGUACAACUGGAUGCCAAACUCAGCUCGCUCGGAAGCCUCCUUCCCGGGCUCCGGCCGUGUCAGCUUCCUGGGCCUGAACCUGGAGGAGCAGCAGGCCCGCGUGGGCCAGUGGGUGCUGCUCUUCCUGGGCGUCGCCCUGCUGGUGGCCACCCUGGGCCUCGCCUACCGGCUCUUCAGCAUCCGCCACCACAGCCUUCACCACCCCCACAGCGGGUCCCAGUUUGGCUCCGAGGUGGAGCUCAGACACUCCUGAGAUGAGGGCUGGGCGGGCCUGCCGGGGAAUGCGCCACCGGGAGACCCAGGGACCGGGAAGGCCCGGGGAUGGGCUGACGACCCGCCACUGCUCUCAAGGCUCACCCCAGACCUCCUCCCCCUCCCCCUCCCGCCCCUCCCGCCCCUCCUCCCCCCUCCUCCAGUCCUCUGGACCACGAACCACCUUGGCCCCCUGGCCCCUGGGGACCAGGCCACCUAACAUGGAACCCCCUCCCCAUCUCUCUCUGAAUUCAAUUAAAGGUCCUGCCCUCCCCAUCUGUGUCCAUGUCCCUCACAGGGAAGCCAGGGACAGGGGAAGCUCUCUCACCUCCUGACAGUCAAGGGGUCACUUCUCGGGGGUCUUCAUCCUCCUCCAAGAAGAGGCUGGAAAAUACCCAGAGCUCUGGCCCCAGCACCCCCCAGCGCCCAUCCCAGUCUCCCCUUCAGCCGGGGCAGCUGGCCCCUGUCCUGCCAUGGCAGGCAGCCCCUGCCAGGCCUGGACACCAACUCAGGAGGGCUCUGGACAGCAAAGAGGAAGCAGACAUUCUGGGCUUCUGGAGCCCUGCCCCAGCUGUUCCAUAAAUGGCUAAGUCCCCCAGAUGGAAGGCUCCGGGCUGCCCUCUGGUUCCCUCGGGAGGGCGCCUUGCAUGCUGAGGCUGUAGAACUGGCCAACUGACCCCGGCGUCACCUCAGGCGCCUGCCUGCCCCAGUUCCAUUUCCACUCGAAACAGUGGACAGAGCCACCAGAGUAUUGCCCACAGGGCCCGGGGUCAGGACCCGUCACCCCAGCUAGGCAGUAGCUGGUGCCCACGCAGGGACUGACUGCUAGGGGACACCCCUGCCCAUCCCCCCAGCACAUGCCCUCACCCUGAGCCUUCCUUGGAAGGCCAUUAUGGGUUUGAGGGAGUAUCAUUUUGAGAGACAUUUAAAAAUCUCUUAUCUACAUGUUUAUUGUAGAAAAUCUAGAAAACACAGAAUAGUAUAAAGAAAAUAAAAGCCCUUUAUGUCAACACAGAGAUAAGCACUGUUGACAUUUGGUGUAUAUCUUUCCAGCCUUUUUUU